GUUAAUCUGCUGCUUGCGAAGGAUGACGUCGACCCAGACCGCAAGGAUACUGGACACGGACGGACGCCGCUGUCGUGGGCAGCAGAGAAAGGGAACGAAACAGUCGUCAAGCUGCUGCUUGCAAAGGACGGCGUCGACCCGGAAUGCAAGGAUAUAUGUGAACAAACGCCGCUAUCCCUAGCAGCAGAGAAGGGUCACGAAGCGGUGGUC